AUAUGAGCCCUCCCCCCAUCUUCAUCUGCACCAAUUUAAAGCAAUAGAAAUAGCAUAAUGGCUCUUAAUUUUAUCAACCACAACCCUUGGAUCUUUGCGUUUGGUCUUCUGGGUAACAUUUUCUCGUUCAUCGUGUUUCUGGCCCCAGUGCCUACAUUCAUAAGGGUGUGUAGAAAGAAAUCAACGGAAGGAUUUCAGUCUGUUCCCUACGUGGUUGCUUUGUUCAGCGCAAUGCUACUUAUCUAUUACUCCACGCUGAAUGCGAACGAGUUGUUUCUAAUGACUAUCAAUUCAGUGGGCUGUUUCAUUGAGACCAUUUACAUCGCUUUGUACAUUGCGUAUGCUCCCAAGAAGGCUCGGAUAUUCACUGUGAGGUUCUUUCUUCUGUUGGACGUGGUUGGGUUUUGCUUGAUUCUGUUGGUGACCCAAUUUGUGGUGAAGCGGCCUUACAGAGCCCGCGUGAUUGGGUUCGUUUGUGGAGGCCUCUCUGUCAGUGUUUUUGCAGCUCCUCUCAGCAUCAUGAGGACGGUGAUACGUACAAAGAGCGUGGAGUUCAUGCCGUUUUCGCUAUCACUUUUCCUCACACUCAGCGCCGUUAUGUGGCUCUUCUAUGGGUUACUCCUCAAGGAUCUGUUUGUUGCGCUUCCAAACACACUGGGAUUCACAUUCGGGAUGGCUCAGAUGAUUCUGUACGCCAUCUACAGGAACGCAAGGCCAGCUGCUGAGCUCGAACUCCCACAGCACAAAGCCACCACGGUGGAAGUGGAAGCGGAAGCUAGUUUGGAUACUCCUGAACAGCGCCAUCAUGAGAAAUAUUGCAUGGAUUUGGAGACACAAGCAGCCCCAGCGGCACCCAUGCUCAAUUCUGCGGCUUGACACUAUCAUCUUAUUUUAAUUCACAAAUUUCGUCCUACCCUUUUCUCUUAUGCUUAAUUGCUUUUCCCUAAUCUCUCUCCUUCUAUAUGUAAUGUAAUUAAAUCAGUUUCAUAAUUAAAGGUUGCACUAAUGUUGUACUUGA